CCCCAACCGCCAAGCAGGCCGAAGCGUCGAGGGCAUGCAGGAAAAAGCUCGCACCUCCAAAGCCAGCUUCCUCACCUAGGAAUUUCGGGAGUUCCUGGGCACCAUCCCACGUAAAAUGACGUGGACUAUUAUCAGCAGUUGGAAACGAACGGGGCCUCUUGUGAGCGCCUGUCGUGACGCAUGCCCCAAUCCGGGCCUCAUGCAUCACGCCAGCACACGCCCGUUUCCUGUUGUAUCUUUUCCACACCCGUCUUACUUUGCUCCGUAUGACCAUAUAGAACCUUUCAAGGACCAAAGCACCAAAAUGCAGCCAACAUCGCUGACCGGACGGCAACAGCAGCAGCUCGGUCUGCUGGGAUUAGCGGGGCGGACACAACCGGACAUGUUAGAGGCAGCUCGCGUAGCCGCGUUGCUAAAUGGCCAGGGCCAGUUUAACCUGCAGACGAGCGGGCUCGGAAGCGGGGCCCUGUCCGGUCAGAGUCUUAACUUAAGCCUGGGCAGCCUGCCGACCUCGUCGCUGCAGCAAACUUCUCAGCAAGCUCCUAUGCAGCAGUCUUCGCAGCUUGGGCUGCCUGACCAGCUCGCUCUGCUCAGCGGAUUCCCGGCCGCGCUCUUCCCCCAGCAGUACGGGUCGGGAGACCGCGACCUACAGCUCGGCGGCCUGCGUAAUGUGGGCAAAACGAAGUCUUCUGACAGCCGGAGCUCAAGUGCCUACGCGAGCAGGCACCAAGCGGCUGAGCAACGCCGCCGAACUCGAAUCAAUGAGAGGCUGGAGCUCCUGCGCAAGCUGGUGCCGCAUGCGGAGCGCGCCAACACGGCGUGCUUUCUGGAGGAGGUCAUCAAGUACAUCGAGGCGCUGAAGGCGCGCACACUGGAUCUAGAGUCGCAGGUGGAGGCCCUGACGGGCAAGCCGGUGCCCAAGUCGCUGGCGCUGCCCACCGGCAUGCCGUCGGUGCUGGCCGGAGGCUCCACCAGCGCGGACAACACCAACGCCAGCCCGCGCAUGGUUGGCGCAGCGACAUCGUCGCAGGGCGGGCCCGCGGGCUCGCUGCCAUCGGGGCAGCCGGGCGCCGGCGGGGCGGGCGCGGGCUCCCUAGCCAGCCCCUCCACCACGCCGCCCCCUACCAUGACCGCGCAGCAGGCCUCCCAGCAGCUCUCGCUCAUGCAGUCGGGCGGGCAGGCGGGCGGCUCGCAGGGCCUGCCGUCACAGCUGACGCUGCCCAGUGGCGGCGCCGGCGCGGGGCUGCUCUCGGCGGCGCAGCAGAGCCUGCUGGGUUUCCCCCAGUCGGGCGGCCUGUCCCUCUCAGGCGCCGGCCUGUCACUGGGCGGCAGCGGCCUGGGCCACGGCACCAGCGGCAUCAGCCUGACCCAGUUCGCCGGCAACCUGCAGGCGGCCGCCGCGGCCGCCGCCGCGGCGUCGCACGGCGCCGGCAGCCAGUCCCACUCGCAGUCGCAGUCGCAGCACUCCGGCCUCAGCCUGGGCUCGCACCACGUCACCGCGUCGCAGCUGAACGAACUGCAGGCCAUGCAAAUGAUGCAGUCGCUGCAGCAGCACCACAACCAGCACGCGGCGGCCGCCGCGGUGGUCGCGGCCGCGGGUGGCGGCGGCGGUUCCCGCCCGGGAUCCACGUUCCACCCCACCAACAACAAGGCGUUCCUGCACUUCAACGAGGACGCCUACGCCUUCAGCGGCAAGCCCGAGCUGUCGCUACCCGCGCGCAGCCUGCUGGGUGCAGCCGCGGCCUCCGCCGCCACGCCCAGCACGUCUCUCCAGCUGACCACCGUGCAGCUGCCCGCGGACUCGAACACGCUGCUCCAGGUGGAGAUGGCGCGCAAGGCCGCGUCGGGCUCUCCCGUGUCCAGCGAGGAGAGCGGCGUGCCGCUGAAGAAGCGCAAAGUGCUGGUGCUGUAAGGCCAAGUCGCGCUGGUUCUGCGAGAGCCAAGCGGCAAUGGCUGAGAAUGGCGGGCACAAUACUUUUUUAUGCGGCGGAUUGCCGCAGCCGUUAAGAAUCGUGGGGCACCUGGUUACGGAGAGCUGCAGCUGCGACGAGCUGCAGUUGCAGGACUAGCAACUCCACGGGCACUUUUGGAGCUAUUUGCCUAUAUGAUGGUUUUGUUUGCAUGUGCGUAGUUUCGCACGCGGUUGUAGCAGGUAGAGGUACCGGGCUCCAUAUAUUUACCAGUGCAGGCAAGCACCGCGAAAAGCGGUGCGCCCGCACGCUCGUAUCAACAUCCUGAGAUACAGACGCGAGGCUGGCGGCAUACGUAGUAGGUAUACGGGGCUAAAAUGGCGCGGGUUUCAUGCUGUGCACUCACACUAGUACAAUAUGCUCAAGGUUCAGAGGAGGGGGUGGAUCAGCCAUUUGAGCGAGGUAUUGUGUGUCCUCAAAAAAAUGGCAUGGCAUGCGAUAAUGCGGGUACGGCAACGGGGACGCACAUGUUUGGCUGCGGCAACGUGUGCGCGCAGGCGAAGGCUGCACGGCCAUUGGUGCCGCGCUCCUGGGCAUUCGCAGUGUGCAUUGGGGCGGUGCGGAAGCUGGUGUAGGUAGUAGAUGCAAUGCGUCAGCAUGCAAGGGAGAUGCCGGGUGUGCAAGGAGUCUGCAGCAGCAUAGAGCAAGGUUGCACGGUGGAUGGGAUUGAUGCCGAGGUAGUAUCACGAUGUUGGAUUCAUCCUUGCUCCCUGGUAGCGGUAGUACUAGACUGAUGAGGAAGUCAGGGGAAAAGGGGGAGCGCGUGUGUUAAGAGGUGUAGUGGUGCAGUGUGGUUGCACGCGGCUACAUGGCGUGACGAUUUCAGAUUCCGGGUGUGACGCCUGGGCGGGGCUGGCGCGGGGCCUAUCGGAUCAUGCAGAGAGAACGGAGGCGAGGGUGGAAGGGUUCGAGGUUCGAGUGGCUAUGCAAGCUGUCCAAUAACUUCUCACGUGUGGACGGCCGUACCUACUUGCUUUCUGACGCACGUGACUCUGCGCAUUGUCGCGACGGGAACGCCCAACGAACGGGCUGGUCAGGUGGGUCGCUUGAGCCAUGGGCCUUGGGUGCGCGAGAGUGGAUUGAUACUACCGACCACCUGCUUGCCGCUGCAGCGGUGUUGCCUUUGCCGGCACAGUUCGGAGCCGCGGCUGCGGUGGAAUUAAGAUAGAGCCGGUUUCGGAGGUGAUAUGUUUGUCAUGUUGAUAUUCACUGAUGUACGGGGCUGCCGGGCUGCUAUGGGUGCAGCAACCUAGCUGCGCACUCUCAGCACAAACGCCCGGCCGUUGCCUGAUACGUAUGUAGCCGGCCGGGAGUGCGCAUAGCUAAGGCGCAACGAACAGAACACGAACGCAGUGCUGACCCAUGAGUGCUGAUGAUGAACUGAGGCCAAGGCGGGCGGGGCUCCGCAAACCCGUGUUUGGCAUGAGACUGAGAAAUGCUGGUGGUAGGAUUGCUGGUGGUAGCUGGCGUUGAAGCCAAAACAGAAGGCUGGUGGAGGAGGCAGCGAACAGAAAUAACGGUACACUUGAUACAGUACGGUAGUAUGGUAAUGGUUGCUGUUGGGUAUUGUUGGCAGGGGGGUAAGCGUGUAAACUCGCCUUGCA